AUGUGCUUGGGAUGUGUGAAUUGCGUGGCCGGCGGUGAGCUCUUCGACUUCCUGGCAGAGAAGGAGUCGCUGAGCGAGGAGGAAGCCACUCAGUUCCUCAAGCAGAUCCUGGAUGGAGUCUUCUACCUGCACGCCAAACAGAUCGCUCACUUUGACCUUAAGCCGGAGAACAUCAUGCUGCUGCACCGCUCAGUGCCUCACCCGCGCAUCAAGAUCAUCGACUUCGGCCUGGCCCACAAGAUAGAUUUUGGCAAUGAUUUUAAAAACAUCUUUGGGACUCCAGAAUUUGUAGCUCCAGAGGUAGUCAACUAUGAACCUCUGGGCCUGGAGGCUGACAUGUGGAGUGUUGGUGUGAUAACCUACAUCCUUCUGAGCGGUGCGUCUCCGUUCCUGGGGGACAACAAGCAGGAGACUCUGGCCAACGUGUCGGCGGUGGACUACACGUUCGACGAGGAGUUCUUCAGCAGCACCAGCAUCCUGGCCAAAGACUUCAUCACAAGGCUCCUCGUAAAAGACCCCAAAAAGAGAAUGACGAUUCAGGACAGCCUCCUGCACCCCUGGAUCAAGCCAAAAGACACCCAACAAGCACUGAGCAGGAAGGAGUCGGCUGUCAACAUGGAGAAGUUCAAGAAGUUUGCAGCUCGGAGAAAAUGGAAACAAUCCGUCCGACUUAUCUCCUUAUGCAACCGCCUGUCACGUUCCUUCCUGUCCAGAAGCAACAUGAGUGUGGCGCGCAGUGAAGACACGUUGGACGAGGAAGACUCCUUUGUGAUGAAGGCCAUCAUCCACGCCAUAAACGACGACAAUGUCCCCGGCCUGCAGCAUCUGCUCAGCUCCCUGAACAGUUACGACGUCAACCAGCCCAACAAGCAUGGGACGCCUCCCCUUCUGAUUGCCGCCGGCUGUGGAAACGUGCAGAUCAUUGAGGUGCUGAUGAGGAAAGGUGCAGAGAUCCAGGCCAAUGACAAGAGUGGAGCCAACGCUAUCUACUACGCAGCGAGACACGGCCACGUGGAGACCCUGAAAUUCCUCCAUGAAAAGAAAUGUCCUCUGGAUGUCCAAGAUAAGUCAGGGGAGACUGCUCUUCAUGUGGCGGCGCGCUAUGGCAACGUGGAUGUGGUGAGCUAUCUGUGCACCAUCCGAGCCAACCCCGACCUUUCUGACCGGGAGCAGGAGACCCCACUGCAUUGCGCCUCGUGGCACGGAUACUCCCCAGUUGCUCGUGCUCUCUGCCAGGCAGGCUGCCACGUGGACGCAAAGAACCGUGAGGGGGAGAGUCCGCUGCUGACAGCCUCUGCUCGAGGCUUUGCAGACAUAGUGGAGUGCCUGGUGGAGCACAAGGCCGAUCUAGGGGCGACAGACAAGGAUGGAAAGACAGCAGAGGAUUUGGCUCAUGCUGACCAACAUGAACUCAUCGUUUCUCUAUUGGGAAAGCUUAAAAAGGACAACCACAAGCUAAGCUACAUCCAGCAGCUGCGGCCCACUCAGACCGUGCAGCCCAGGAUCAAGCUGAAGCUGUUCGGAAACUCCGGAGCCGGGAAGAGCACUCUGUUGGAGUCUCUGAAAUGUGGCAUCCUGCGCAGCUUCUUCAGGAGGAAGAGGACACGCAUGACCAAUACAAACCGCCACCCAAACUCCCCGGUCCACUCCAAACCUGCCGUGUCGGUGAGCAUUUCCAACCUGUACCCGGGCUGUGAGAAUGUGAGCGUGCGGAGUCGCAGCAUGAUGUUCGAGCCCAGCCUGACCAAAGGGGUCCUGGAGGUGUUCUCCCCAGUCCACAACGCUCUGUCCACAGCUGACGACCAAGCUACAAAGGCCAUCGACAUCCAGUACAGCAACAUCCACGGUGUGGGGGAGUUCAGUGUGUGGGAGUUUUCGGGGAACCCGGUUUAUUACUGCUCCUACGACUACUUUGCGGCCAACGACGCCACGGCAAUCCACCUGGUCCUGUUCUCUCUGGAGGAGCCGUACGAGACCCAGCUGGGACACAUCACCUACUGGCUGAACCUGCUCAAAGCCCUCAGCCUGCCGCAGGACAACAUCGCUUUCGGAGGUCGGACCCAGCAGCCUCUUGCGGUCGUUCUCGUGGCGACGCACGCCGACCUCGCAGACGUCCCCAGAGCGUUCUCCGGAGAGUUCACCUACGACAAGGAGAAAGCCCUGGUCAAGGAAGUCAGGAACAGAUUUGGGGUGGACAUGGAGAUCAGUGACCAACUGUUUGUGAUGGACGCUGGGGCCUCAAACUCCAAAGACGUGAAGCUGCUGAGGAUUCACCUGCAGGAGCUCCGCGCCAGCAUCAUCUCUAGCUGUAGUCCCAUGACGCUGCUGUCGGAGCGGCUGCUCGCCACCCUACCGACCUGGAGGAAGCUGAGUGGUCCCAACCAGCUGACAUCAUGGCAACAGUUUGUCAGCGACGUGCAGGAGCACAUCAACCCUCUGGUCAGCCAGGAUCACCUCCGCACGCUGGCCAUGCAGCUUCACAGCAUGGGGGAGAUCAACAUCAUGCAGAGUGAGACGGUGCAGGAUGUGGUCCUGCUGGAGCCUCGUUGGCUCUGCAGCCAUGUCAUCGGCAAGCUUCUCUCCAUCGAGACGCCCAAGGCCAUCCACCACUACAGGGGGCGCUACAGGCUGGAGGAGGUGCAGGCUCUGGCUCCUGAGAGCGACGUGGACGAGCUGCUGCAGAUCCUGGACGCAAUGGACGUGUGCGCCCGCGACGCCACCAACCCCGCCAUGGUGGACGUUCCCGCUCUCAUCAAGACCAACGGCCUCCACCGUUCCUGGACCGAAGAAGAGGAGGAGGAGUCGCUGAUUUACGGCGGCGUGCGUCUCGUCCCUGCGGAGCACCUCACCCCCUUCCCCUGUGGCCUGUUUCACAAAUUGCAAGUGAACCUGUGUCGCUGGAGCCACCAGCAGAAGCCCGAGGAGGAGGGGGGGGAGGAUUUAGACGGCGAUAUCCACCUGUGGACCAACGGAGCCAAGGUGAGCCAGGGAGGAGUGGAGGCCAUGAUCCUGCUGGUCAACCACGGCCAGGGGUUGGAGAUUCAGGUGCGUGGGCACGAGUCUGAGCGGGCCAAGUGCUACACCCUGUUGGACACCGCCUGUAGUAUAACGGAGAACCUGCUGGCCUCCACGCUCCCCGGACUGCUCACAGCCAAAUACUACCUGAGUCCUCAGCAGCUGCGGGAGCACCACGCCCCCAUGAUGAUCUACCAACCCAAAGAUUUCCUCCGGGCACAAGUCCAACGGGAGUCCUCGCUCACCAACACUAUGGGUGGCUACCGAGAGAGCUUCAGCAGCAUCCUGUCUUUCGGCUGCGCUGAGGUCUACCAGCAGGGGACUCUGGGAACAGACAUCCACAUAUCAGACGUCCCCCUGCUGGCCCGCAGGAAGCUCUGCCGCAUGCUGGACCCUCCUGACGCUCUGGGGAAAGACUGGUGCCUGCUGGCCAUGAACCUCGGCCUCACAGAGUUGGUGGCCAAACACAGCAACGGGACUCCCAAUGGCGCCUCUGAGCUAGACCCGGAGCAGGACUCCCAGCAGGCCUUGCUGCAGCCCAGCCCGACGGCGGCGCUGCUGCAGGAGUGGAGCGGGCGAGCGGACAGCACCGUGGGCGUGCUGAUGGCCAAACUGAGGGAGCUCGGCCGCAGGGAUGUCGCCGACUUCCUGCUCAAAGCUUCUCCUGUUUUCAGGGUCAACAUGGAAGCGCUGGCCAACGGCUACCCCCCCAUCUGCAACGGCGGCACGUCGUACAACUCCAUCAGCUCCGUCAUCUCCCGCUGAACUGAGCGGGGCCGGCUCUCCGUCCUCACCCAAACUGCGGAUUGUGUUUAACUUGACGUUUUCCCCCUGAAACAGGACUCGUGUGUGAAUGAACAUGAAGUGCAAUCGUUCAGCUGCUCGCUCCUUAAUCACUAUAUUAAGUUGCCGUGGGAACCAGAUUUCGUGUUUGUGCUCUCCACACCUGUAUAGCUGACCUUCCACUAUGAAUGUUGUGAAAGAGCUGAUUGUCCUGAGCUCCAAAGAGGAACCCUGUGCUUUUAUUCUGUUUCUUAAUCUUGUCGUGCUGCUUUUUAAAAUCCCUUCUGCUGUACUGCACACUUAAGACUCACUCGGCUACAUUUAUAAGCUACUAACUAUGUGAAGGGAUGAUUUUAAAAGAUGGCCGCCUCAAGUUCGGACCUAUUCAUAUCCUACUGAGGACAUGCCGUUUGUACUCACUCCAUCCAUCUUAGUUACAACAAAUAAUAUUAUUCUUUCCUUUCUACUGUUGUUUUGUGACAUUUGGGCCGUUCAGCUUAGUGUUUAAUAAAUGAAAAGCAUUUUGUCAGAGUGUGCCUUUGUGGCCUUCUACCUCCCUAAAGAGCACAAAUAGUCUUGUUAUUAUAAAAUAGCCCAACAUUUAAAGAACUGUGCCUUGUUGACACCAAUAGGAACAUUUCAAUCAAGUUUUUAAAUGAAACCAUCCUACAUUUCAGACUUGUAAAAUGGUUAUUUAAUAAAGAAAAAAGAAAGCUAGGCUCAUUUUACAAUUAGAUUUUGCCGGCAUUAAAAAAGCUGAAAUCAGAUAUCUUGCUGUUUUCUCUUUAGUGUUUGGGAGUCACUGUAGAGAUCUAACCUUUUAUAAGAGUCAGUGAGGAGACGAUGUGGGGUCAUUCCUGUUUAAUGGAUGCUUUUGUGGGUUCCUACAGAUUAGCUUUGUGCUGACAAUUUAUUGUAACGGUCGCAUAAUCGCCCUAAGAAACGUCCUUAAAAGAACAAUUUCAUGUGGUAUUAACUAUAGUGUGACAAACUUGUGUUUAGUUGUUGGAAUUUCCCUUGAAAUACUUGCUAUUCUGUUCAAACUGUAAGAGAAAUCAAAUUGCCCUUUUGAACUAAUGUUCAGUUAUUAUCUUUAGUUUCUCCACCAGCAGGUAAGACUUCAAUCUUCACUAAUCUGUUUUUCAAUUGAUUAAAAACCCAAAGAUUUAUAACGUACAAGACAAAGAACACCAGCAAAUAUGUUUCUGUAGCCAGAACCCGUGACUUUUGGGAAAUGAGUUUUAACUUUUUGUUUAGGUUAUCGAAACGUGUCCUAUUCCGCUUACUGAUUUUUGUUUGGUAAACUUAAUGUUUGUUACUUUCCAUCCAAAACAGGCUUUAGAUAAGUUUGUAUUUCUUUUUGAGGGAUCGCCGUUACUACACAUUUUCCUAUAAUUAUUACCAAAUUACAAAGACAGUUCUUUCUAGGAACCUUUCAAAGAGUUUACAGUAGAAUAUUUUCUUUAUUUGACAUUUUAACCAACUAUGGAAGCUGUAAAUUAAAUUGUUCCUAUAAAUGUUUUCACUUACAAGUCUGCUCAUGUUCAGUGCACAGAAAGGGACCUUUAGCCAUUUUGAACAGGGAAGAUUUCCCCUCUAAGUGCAUUGUCUUAUUGAAGGGAAUUGGGCCUUCUACCACCUAAAUGUAUUUGCUUUAAAGUGACAUUUUAUAUCCUAAUGGCGGACAGGGUGGAGCAGACACUGCUCAUCUUCCUUUACUUUAAAUAGAGAGUGCCACCACAAUGAUGGAAACAAAUAAAUAGAAGUUCAUGUUUUCUACUAAAAAGUAAUUUAUUAAACCCAGUAAACAAACCUGACACGGCACCUUUGUGAUGCUUCCUCAUCAACGUGAAGUAACCUUCCAGUGUCAGAUUAGUAAACUCCGUCGAGGUACAUUUGAGCGUCACUCGGCCGCGCGUGGCUUCACAUCUCCUUUCACUUUUUAUAACAUGAAUCUGCGGCCCGGCUCGGUCAGCAAAAGCAAAGUAAAAGAUGGAAUAAAGUUAGUAUUGUUAGCUGUAGAAAGGAUCAAAGGCUGCUGGUGACAGAAAUGUCGUAUCGGUGUAAGCUUGGCGUUUUAUAAUGUUUGUGAUCAGAAAACAUUUUCAUGUGUUGAUGUUUUGGAAAAGAGUCUUUCAUUCUUAAAAAGAUGUCAAUACUGUGUGGCCCUUUUUCAGGACACUGUCACAAGUUGGUAGUAAACAGUUGCGCUGACGUGCCAGAGUGCAGUAUUUCCUGUCCGCUUUACUUUCCCAGUGUUACUGUCUGUUUUGCAGAGAUAAUGCUUUGAAUACUUUUUCAAAUGUAGUACUUCUCUAACUUUAUUUGUCUGGGCCUGAACUUGCCAAUCCACACAGCAAUAUUUCCAGCUGUGAUGUAAAUACUCCCGGCCUGGUUCUUCACUUCCCUUUUCACACUCUUGGCCUCAAUUAGUUGAUUCCAAUUUCAACAAGGCAAACUGAAUGUACUGCACAUCGCUCCUAAGAAUAUAAAAACGAAUCAAAGAUAUGCUACAAAUGUGCAAAAUGUACAAAUGUGAUUAAAUGUCCCAAAGUGGUCAGACACAUAUUAUUUGUACUUACUUUAUUUUUCUUUAAAAAGUUUGCCAAUGCUGUGUGCCUAAAACACACUCGUUCAUUCCUCUUAUUAUAACUUUGUACAGUAUACAAGCGAAGAAGUGAUGUUUCAGAAAGGGAAGUGAAUAUUAUGUUUUUGUAAAAGCUGGGAAUCACUAUAUUAUUAUCAACUUUGUCUCCGCACGUUGUCUAUUUCCAUAUGGUUCAGACAUAAAUGAGUGGAUUCAAAAGUAUUUUUCUGUAUGUUUUUGUUUGAUGCUUAUUCUCCCACCUUCAGAGACUGCGGUCUAAUCGCCACAUUGCACACAUUAUCUUUUUGUCGCUAUUUAUGUUAUGUUCUUUUAGCAUGUCUUGGAAUGCCAUGUUGUUAGUACUUCUGACACUUUAUAGUGUAAUACAUUUUAUAAUAAAUUCUUUACCUAAUGU